AUGACAGCAGUACAAUUAUCACUAUUUAUACAAAGUUGUAUCAUUAGAUUGUUGAUCGACCAACAAUCAAACCUACAUGAAGACAAGGAUACGUAUAAAGGAAAUGAGUAUUGGUACAUAGUGUUUAAUGGAGAAAAGAGAAGACAACAACCAAUCAAAGCAAUAAAUGUGAUAGACAUUGCAUUGGUAUCAAAAUGGUGGCUACAAGUGGUUAGACAGAGAUCAUCUGUGUAUUUCAAAGGUCAUUUAGAUACCGUGAUACUCAAAUCAAUACAUUCAAGUAAUCAUUCAAUCUAUUCAUCAAACAGUAUACAAACACUAAAAUGGGCACUUCAAGGAUUAGAUCAUUACACCAAAUCAACAUUUAACUAUGAAAAGCAAUUAAUGCAACUACUACCUCACCUGCAAUCUAUCAACCUCUUAUGCAAAGGCAAUGUUAACAUACAAGUUUUGGAAGCACUCAGAGCAAUACAAAAACAACAAUAUCCUCAUAUAGUUAUCAACACCGAGUUUGAUCUAAAUGGAAUAGACAGCAUAGAUCACAGUUUCAUCGAGUGGCCAGCAUCAUUGGAAGGGUUUACACCCAACACCGUGUCUUUGGGAACAUGUGAUUUCAAUCCAUGGGGAUUUUUUCAUGAAAACUCUUAUCAAGACAACUUUAUCGAUAUGAUCAAAGAUCUUCAACCACGGUCACUAAAUCUGUACACGAAUAGUGGUCAGAAUGUUGGUGUUCCACAUAUUAAAUACUCCGACCUAUUCAAACAUCUCACAUCAAUCAAGCAUCUAAACAUUGGCUACGAUUUCGUAGAGUUUGCAGAACUAAAACAUUUAGUUGAUGUUAAUCAUUACAUGCAAUUGGAAUCGCUAAAGGUGGAUAUAGUAUCAAGGGUUUUGCUUGUUCAUCCUUUCUCCGACUCGAGUUAUCACUAUAACACUUCGAUGGACGAUUGGAUCGAAUUUUGUGACUACCAACAAGACAGUUUCUAUUUUGAACCCGUCAAAUUAAAUACAUUUCAAUUGGCAUUUGAAUCUAUUUGGAGUGGUGGUGAUAGUAAGAUUGACUAUCUUGCUUUGGAAUGUAUGCCAAAUGUAAUGACAGACAAUAUGUGGAAUAUUCUUGGCAAUUGUCAGAGUAUCACCAAAUUACUAUUGACUCAUGAAACCGUGACCAAUGAAAUGGUUCCAUCUCUCGCCAAUCUUUUAUCAACCAACACAACUAUUACAGUUCUAUCAAUUAGAGGUAACGAGUUGAGUUGGAGCAAUGACCUGGCAGAAGCAUUCAAACAAAACAAAACAAUCACAGUCUUGGAUAUUGGCAAGAAUUUUUGUAAGGAUUAUGAUGAUGUUGAUGAUACAUACUCGUUUUUAAAUGCCUUGUUGUACAGUGAUACUGUCCAAUACUUAUUCCUCCAUUCUCAGUCUCAGGAUAGACUUGAGAUCAUCAAGGGAUCUCCAUACUAUAUUCAAUCAAAAUCAUUAAAAGAAUUUAAUUUAGAUUUUAUUUCUGUCAAUGAUUCACCCUACUUUAAUAAUAUUACUACAAAGAAUCAAAGAUAA